AUUCAUAACACGAUAUUGUUUACGCACUGUCGUUUAUUGAAUGCUUGUGGUUACACGCGCAUUACGUUUGUUGUUACGAGUGUAUAAACUAUCAAAACUUUACAGAAAAAGGUGAUUUUGUGCAUCAUGUUCGCUUGAACUUGAAAGUGCGACAGACUUAUAUUUUUUCCCGCUCUUUUUUGUUUGUUUCUUUUUUAUUCAAAUGAAAAUGUGCAAAGGAAUUUUGUGGUAAUCCUGUAAUCGAAUCCAAGGAGUUUUUUCUACUAUCCAAUAAGUAUACCGGUGUCAUGCUGAUAUGACAAUAUGAUGGCGACCACCACGAUGGUAGUUUCACCGUUAGCAACCCAACCAUCGCCGAAGAACAAGAGGCGGUUGUUUGCCGAAGCUAGACAGAACAGCUUACAGAAGCUCAGCAUCAUAUUUGACCAUGGAAACAAAAAUGGCAAUGGUGGGGAGACGACAUGGUGUUUCAGCCAGGUGAAAGGCACCUUGGAGGACGAUGUGACUGAGGCUGACCUCAUCUCCUGCGUCGAGUUCAACCAUGACGGGGAACUGCUCGCCACCGGGGAUAAAGGGGGCAGAGUUGUUAUAUUUCAGAGAGACCCGGCAUCAAAGCAAUGCGUGCCGAAAAAGGGGGAGUACAAUGUGUACUCGACAUUUCAGUCACACGAGCCGGAAUUCGACUACCUCAAGUCUUUGGAAAUCGAGGAGAAAAUCAACAAGAUCCGGUGGCUGAAGCGCAAGAACCAGGCCCACUUCCUCCUCUCUACCAACGACAAGACCAUCAAAUUGUGGAAGGUUAGUCUUGUAUCGGAGCGUGACAAGCGCGUGACGGGGUACAACACGCGCGAGGAGGGCGGGCGGGCGCGGGAGCCGGCGCGCGUCACGCAGCUGCGCGUGCCCACCGUGCGGCCUGCCGAGCUCAUGGUCGAGGCCUCGCCUAGGAGGAUAUUCGCGAACGCCCACACUUACCACAUAAACUCAAUAUCGUUGAACUCUGACCAAGAGACGUACCUGUCCGCGGACGAUCUCCGCAUCAACCUGUGGCACUUGGAGAUCACGGACCAGAGCUUCAACAUCGUUGAUAUUAAGCCUGCUAACAUGGAGGAGCUUACUGAGGUGAUAACCGCGGCGGAGUUUCAUCCGACUGAAUGCAAUCUCUUCGUCUAUUCUAGUAGUAAGGGUACGAUAAGGCUGUGCGACAUGCGGGCUGCGGCGCUGUGCGACCGCCACGCCAAGCUGUUCGAGGAGCCCGAGGACCCCCACGCUAGGUCCUUCUUCUCCGAGAUCAUCUCCUCCAUCAGCGACGUCAAGCUCAGCAAUUCCGGCAGAUACAUGAUGUCACGCGACUACCUAGGUUUAAAAGUUUGGGAUCUUCGCAUGGAAACCAAGCCGGUGGAGACGUACCCAGUGCACGAGUACCUGCGCUCCAAGCUGUGCUCGCUGUACGAGAACGAUUGUAUCUUCGACAAGUUCGAGUGCUGCUGGAGUGGGGACGACCAGAGGCUCAUGACGGGCUCUUAUAAUGGAUUCUUUAGGAUAUUCGAGCGCGGCGGGUGCGGCGCGGGCGCGUGCGGCGCGGCGCGGCGGCCGGAGCUCACGCUGGAGGCGGCCAGAGAUGCCGCCGCCCGCCCGCGGCAACCCCUGCGCGCCAGGCGCGUCGCCACCACCGCCAAGAGGAAGAAGGACGAGAUAAGCGUAGACUGUCUGGACUUCAACAAGAAAAUCCUGCACACAGCAUGGCAUCCCCACGAGAGUAUAAUCGCCGUCGCCGCCACCAACAACCUAUUCAUAUUCCAGGACAAGUUCUAGCGGCCCCAUACCCGCCCGCCCGAAUUACGUCACUCUGUGCUUUGUUUGCGCAAUAUUACACUGUUACUGUCCAAAUGUGCUGUUGGUUGAUAUUUUUAAGAGUUUUAGGAUCGAUUGUCGGUCGAUUUUAACUGUGGGUUGCAGUAAUCGAUCCGUUUGUUGAAUAGAGAUCUAAAUUUGAUAUUAGCUUCAUGUAAAUUAUGUCAAAGGACAAUGGGCGAUUCCGGUCCAAAUGUCCACCACGAACGAGACCUAUAUGGCUAGAUAGCCCGUUAAAUAUAGAACAUAUUUUGUUAUGAAAGUAAAAAAAAAUAUAAUGCCAGAAAAAAGUUAUAGCAAAAU